AUGCCAGCGACCGAAUCGCAGGUUGAGAGGUCACUGUCUGGGAGUGUUUCAGGCCAGGGCAGGACUCAAGGUGAACGCGUCGCUUCUCCGGAACCUUCGCAAGCAUCGUUCUCUUUGCCUUCGCGCUCUUCUGCUACUACAGUGAACAAUGGCAAGGUGCAGCUGGUGGUGAGCAUGUUCAAGGAGGGCCGACUUGAUGCCACCACGGCUAUGGAACUCAUGGCUGGGAGUUUGGAGGAUAUGGCUACUCCCAUGAGUAGUGAUGAUAAGGCUGAUGACCUGUCAGAGAAUCGUAAGAGGCCUCACCCAGAGGAAGAAGUCUUAGAGGAGCAUGCAACAACUGGUGAAGGCGACCAUGUGGACAAGAAGGAGGCCAACCGGUUGAAGGCCAAGCUACGCCGCAUGUGCGAAGAGAAGGCCAACGGCCGCCUGUGCUGGCAUUCACACCAAGAAGUUGUUGAACGUUGGAGUGAACCAUGGAAGAAGAUUGAAGGUGCUGUGUGCCUCUGUGAGCAGGACAGGGCCAAUUUGGUAAGGUGCUGUAAAUAUGGAGGUGACGAUGAGUAUUGGGUGGAUAUCCGUGAGACCGGAGAGAAGGGCCAGGAAAAGUCCAAGACCAAAGAACGCAGGGAAGAGUGUGAGGAUGCUGAUGAUGACGAGCCCAUUGGUGAGGUCAACACUGAUCGCCUCAAAGCCAUGGCUGCACGUGAGCAAGCAAUGGCGAGUUCGGGUUCAGUUCAAUCUUCGGAGGCCAUGCGUCGGAAGAACACGUACACCAAGUUUUGCGACUCCCUUCUUCAAAAGUCUGCCAAAGUACGUUCUUUGGUGACAGACUUGAAGAAGAACUAUGAAUCGGAUCCCUGCGUUGAUAAGUCGAUCAAGGCCUUGGAGCACGAUCUGGACACCCUGGAGGACAACUACAACAAGUGUAGUGAAGAACUCGCUACAGGAGAAUCAGUUGGUUACACUGAAAUGUGGGUGACCAAGUUCGAGAAAACCAUGAAGGAAACAACCUUUGCGUGCACGAAGGUGGUGCAGAACGAGGCCAAGAUUCGGAACGCAAAGCGUCACUUCCGGAAAGUGCCCAAAAAGGAGGAGUCGUGA